CAGAGUUACAAAUCGCUUGCUUAUUGGUCAGAACCGGGUACUGUUGUAAGAUGGCGCCCAGCGAAAUAUGAGUAUUUGAGAAAAAGAAAAAUUACAGCCGACCAUUUAACGAAAAUAAAGAAUAAAUCAGCCAUAGAGAAACACCAUUAGCACUUCGCGUCCCUGCUCGUUGGAAGAGGAGCACCGUUUUGAGGGCAGAGAAGCGCUUGUGGGCGGCUCGAGUCUUGGCCCGUUUAAGGAAGAGAGAUCCCUACUAUAGAAGAAGACUCUGUCAGCAGCAAUGAAUAACUCCCUGGAUGGUACAGGCUCCUAUGAGGAGCUUGUGAGACAGAAAGCUCGGAGCAUCCCUCAGCAUCGCAUGAAGGAGUUCCUAGAGUCUUUGGCCAGCAAAGGCCCAGAUGCCCUGCAGGAGUUCAGCCAGCAGGGUGGAGAUACUACAGCCACCACCACCACUAUGGUAUACCAACAAGAGGCUAACUGCAUCUACACAGACAGCACAGAAGUGGCAGGGUCAUUGUUGGAGCUGGCUUGUCCGGUUCAGGUGCAGGUCCAGCCGCAGCAGCAACAGAUACAGGAGUCUCAGCAGCAGUCUGUACAACAGAAUACAGAGCAACAGAUAGUGCAGGUGCAGAUCCAGGGUCAGCAGCAAGGUCAGAUGCUGGGUCAGGUCCUCCAAGUACCCUCUGGCUCCCAUCAACAGCUCCAAGGUGUGACUACUGCACAGCUGAUUCAGCCAGGGGAACUCACCGAGGAGCAACACCAACAGCUACAAGCCCAGUUGGUGGCAGCUGUUGCAGGAGGACAACAUAUUCAAAUCCAGACAGUGGGGGCCCUUUCUCCCACCCAGCAGCAGGACAAUAUUGAGAGGAGGGUACUGGGAACCACCGUUGCCACAUCACAGGGAGCGGGUGUCCUCCAGCCAGCCAAGAAGCGUAAAGUUGACAUGCCCAUCACUGUAUCCUAUGCCCUGCCUGGCCAGCAAGUAGCAACAGUCCUCGCUAUUCCUCAGGGACAGGGCCAGCAGCAAAGUUACGUGUCCUUGCGGCCGGACCUCCUAACUGUGGACAGCUCCCACCUUUACAGUGCUACAGGCACUAUCACCAGUCCCACUGGGGAGACCUGGACAAUCCCUGUUUAUUCUGCUCCUGCUGGUUCCGGAGGCCGUGAGCAGGUCACGCACAUUGCCAUUCCCCAGGAGGCCUAUGGAACAGUGCAGGUUACGGGGCCCAACACUACAACAAUGACUACAAUGCCAACACAAGUUACUGUCGAAAAUGACAAGCUGAAAAGUCAAAGUCAGACAGUGCAGGCCGUUUCCAGCAUAACAAGUUCCGGGGGAAUGGGAGGCCAGGAAGAAGUGGUGCACACACUUGCAGCAAACACACUCUUCCCUGCCCAGCUGAUGAAUGGAAACAUCCACAUCCCAGUGGCAGUACAGGGCUACUCCAACGCUACACAGUCUCUUAUCUGGGAUCCACAGCAGCAGGUGCUGCACACACAGGGGCUGUCAGGGCAGGAUGCACAGCAGCUGCAGGUGCUCACACAGGGUCAGACAGUGGUAGCAGAGGUAGAUGGACAAGGUCAGCAACAAGUGCAUGUGCAGGAGCUGCUGCUGCCUGCCACUCUGAAGCCAGAGGAGGGGCUGGAGGUGUGGCGGCUUUGGGCUCAGCAGAAAAACGCAGAGUUAGAAAAAUCAGACAAAAACAAACUGGCCCCAAUUGGCCGACGCCAAGCGCUGCGUUUCCAGGAGGACUUGGUGUCAUGUGCAGUAGCCGAGCUCUGCAUGGGUCUCUCCUUGAUGACAACAGAGGCUCGUGGGUUGGAAGGGGAGUCUUAUGAGGCUGAUGUUCUCUACUAUGUAUUUCUGUGUAUACAAAAAUAUCUGUUUGAUAAUGGUCGUGUGGAUGACGUUUUCUCAGAUCAGUACUACACCCGCUUCGCUCACAGUCUGCACCAGAUCCUGGAGCCUUGGAGACAAUCUAUUCAUCCGCUAGGUUAUAUUAUCCCCAGUCAUGUAACAGAGGAGAUGCUGUGGGAAGGUAAACAGCUGGGAGCUCACUCUCCCUCUACGCUGCUCACAACUCUAAUGUUCUUCAACACCAAGUAUUUCCACCUGAAGACAGUGGAUCAGCAUCUAAAAGUGGCCUUUUCUAAGGUGCUGAGACACACCAGGAAGAGUCCCAACAACCCCAAAGACAAGAGCACCAGCAUCCGAUACCUAAAGUCAACAGAGAGGUUCAUAGGACAGAAAGUCACAGAUGACAUGUACUCCGAGCAGCUUGAGGACCCAGAGAACCCACUGCGAUGUCCCAUCAAGCUCUAUGAUUUCUACCUCUUCAAAUGUCCGCAGAGCGCUAAAGGUCGCAAUGACACCUUCUACCUGACUCCUGAACCUGUGGUGGCUCCGAACAGCCCCAUCUGGUACUCUACUCAACCAAUCCCAAAAGAACAGCUGGAGCAGAUGCUCGCCCGCAUCCUCGUCAUCCGUGAAAUCCAGGAAUCCAUUAACAUGUCGGAGAGCGUGCACUAGUUGGAUCGGAGGAGAACAAUAAAUGGACUAGACUCUUCUCUCUACACCCAGCCUUUGAUUGCUCAUAAUUAGUCGUUUUCUAUUCUCUCACACCCUCUUGUGGUCUUUAAGGGUGGCAUGUAUAUGUUUAUAUUCAUUAUGUGUCAGCAUAUCUUAUUCAUAGACUGUACAUACAACCAAUACAGAUAAUUUGUCUUAUUGAGGGCAAUCUCUUAACCUGAACACCAAGUUUUGUUUUCUUAUUUUUAUUUGGCCAAAGGAUGUAGUGUCUAAUCUUCUUAUUGGACCUGAACUCUAAUUUAAAUGUUUUAACUGUCGAUUCUCCUUACCAAUUGUCUGGAAUUUUCCUUUCCCGUUUUGUUUGAAUCUGUAAUAUAUUUCCUAUAUAUUUUCACUGGGGUUAGCCUGCGCUAUGCUGCUUUUCAUAGACAUCCCUUUUUAUUGCUCUACUUCCCUUCAUCUGCCUUGGUCUCUGUAAAGUGUCACAGUAAACACAGUGGUACUAUGACUGCAUUUAGUAGCCUAACAAGGCUAAAAGCUCAUUUUCAAGUUGUGUGAAUUCUCCUGUUUUUGCUUUUUUAUUUUUUUUUGUUUCACUCAUCUGUCUUGAGCUCAGCUCCCACGUGGAUACACCGAACUCUGGAGAUGGCUUGCUUGUUAGUUAUUGCUACUUGCUUGCUGUUGGACUGUCUCAGCAGCAUUAAAUUCCGUCAGGACACAGACAUUGUUGCAAUACAGCGACGCCACUCACCCUGCAGCUACUAGCACUUGCCACACGGUGGAGACGUGGCAGAGGGAGGGCGGAGGAUGCUGACUGCUGCUGGAUCCGCCUUUCUCUCUCCUGUCUUCACAAACCCUAAAACUCACCCGAAGAGGGAUCUAUUGUAUAAUACAUGUUUAUUACAUGACAGAUGAAAGACUCUUAAAAGUGGGGUUAGCCCUUUAUGUUCUAUAAUGUAUAAAACUCAUAGCUCCUUCAUGUACUGUAAUGGGUUUCAGUCAUUUAAGGAGAAUGGCAGUGCCUGUGUGUUUUUGAAACAUGACCUUUUUUGUACAGCCACUAUACCAUGUGUUGGCCUUUCUAGCAAGUAUGCUAUCAAUUCUGCACAUGCAUCCUUAGAAGUGUGUGAUAUUAAAUGAUUCACAAUGAUUUUCACACAAAGAAAAACUAAAUAAAAGUCAUCUAGCAGCA